AAAAUGUUCGGCAUGGCUGUAGGGACCUUACUUGAUAAGAACUUGUGUUUGGGCCUUUCUUUAGGCUUCGUUGUGUAGUGUGCUGGGGGAACGGGAAAUGCUGCUCAGUAGUAACUCGCAGUUUUCUCGGUGGACUUUCUUCAAGCACCUUACGACGCGCAAAUUAACGACUUUCUGUCAGCACAAAUCCCUAGUCACUCUCUCCCAAUUUGGAACCCUAACCUCUCGCCAGAAAGACCAAAUUCAUCUCUACGUUGACGCUCUUCUUCAAUGGAACAAGCGCAUGAAUCUGACCGCAGUUAAAGAGGUGAAUGACGUGAUGGAACGGCACGUGGAGGAUUCCCUUUCGAUUUUGCCUCCUUUGAGCGAUUUUUAUCGCAUGCACUGCGGAACUUCGUGUGACAAGCUUAACCUUGUGGACGUUGGAACUGGCGCGGGCCUUCCCGGAGUAGUUUUAGCCAUAGCUCGCCCAGAGUGGGAUGUAACGCUGCUGGAAUCUAUGAACAAACGAUGUGUCUUUUUGGAGCAUGUUAUCAGUGUUAUUGGUUCCUCAAACAUUCAAAUUGUAAGAGGAAGAGCAGAGAGUUUAGGUCAGAAUCCUUGUUUCAGAGAGCAAUUUGACGUAGCAGUGGCCAGGGCAGUUGCUGAAAUGAGAAUAUUAGCUGAAUAUUGUCUUCCCUUGGUUCGUGUCGGUGGAUUGUUUAUUGCUGCCAAGGGUCAUGAUCCUGAGGAUGAAAUUAAGAAUGCUGGAAGUGCCAUCCAGAAGAUGGGUGCAUCUCUACUGCAAGUGUGCUCAGUGGAUUAGCUAGCUUAUAGGAGUAAAUUUACAUUGCUGUUGUUAUGUCUAGUGGAAUCGCAAAGCCCGCAUGGUCAGCGAACUGCUGUCAUAUGUUCAAAGGAUCGUCCUACACCAUUGAAAUAUCCCCGUGAUCCAGGUACACCAGCUAAAGAGCCAUUGUAACUAAGGUAAGGUAGAUGCUCAUUCUGUGGGCUGUGUUGUGUUAAUUUUUCUAGCCAAUAUUCUGUCACUCAUCUUGAACCAACGUGGAGCAUUUUGUUCCCAAGAGUGGCCUGUUGUUUACAACAUAAUGUGCACCAGUGGCUAGUUUUUUAGUUCAUAUAGAGUAAGCUUUUAUAAUUAUUGCUGUUACCGACGUCGUUCGGAAUAGAUCUACCUGUGGUGCGACUUUACUUGCAUAUGUGGAUUAUAUGCAAAGCCUUACAAUAUUUUUGCCUUUAUGUCGAUAACGACAUGGAAAUUGCAAUCUGUCUUUAUCUCUCUCCUCGCCUGUCUUGUAUUCAUUGCACAUUUACUCUGAUCGGAAUCAGGAGGCAAAUGGCUUUAGGCGACUAACCCCCAUGACUAUGACUAUGAUGGUUUGUAGAUGGUGUGUGCAUAAUAUCUACAUCUGAGCGAAAACAUUUUUCAGUUUAGAAAUGUCGAACAUUUUUAGUUUGUAGCAUUCCUACUUCCAGGAUCCAAGUUUGUCUAUUGAUGUUU